GUGUGUUAUAACAGAGUGAAGGAGGAAGUGAAGGUCAGUGUUUGUGGAGACAUUGGUGGACAACAUGAGGGAUCAGUCGUCUUACACUCAGUCCAACCCUCUGUUUGGGAUGUCGCUCAGCAGCAGCGAUGUGUCCAGCUUCCAGCCCGAAGAUCUGAGACCGGCCAAGCCCAAACGACGCUGGUGUUUUUAUGUGAUUGUCCUCUACCUCGUCCUGCAGACUCCCCUCAACGCUUUCCUCAUUUAUAAAGUUUUCACCUUGGACUCGUCUUCGUCUGGUCCCCGAUUGGAGAAACAAACGUCCAAUCAUAUUUCCCCGGUGGAAGAUCCGAACGGUGGAGACCUCCAGACUCUGGUCCACAACAAUACCCAGGAGACCAAGACCCUAAGGGGACACUUACAGACCCUGCAGAACCAGGUCCAGAGCCUUUGUGGAGCGGAUGGUGAACUGGAGAAGCUGAAGAUGGACGUGGGCGCGUUGAACGGAAGCACUCGCAGUCUGGAGGGAAGAAUGACGGCCAUCAGCGUGAGGACAGGACCUCCAGGACCCAGAGGAGGCCAAGGACCGCCAGGAGCCAGUGGACCUAAAGGUGACAGUGGUGACGCUGGUCAACCGGGACAGAAGGGUGAUCCGGGACAACGUGGAGAGCCUGGAGCUGACGGACCCGCUGGACCCCCAGGACCAAUGGGUCCGACGGGUCCAGCUGGAGAUCAGGGACCGGGGGCGAAGGGGGAGAAGGGGGAUACUGGACCCUCAGGUCCUAAAGGAGACCGAGGUGACACCGGAACCCCGGGUGUGGAAGGACCUCAGGGGAUUCACGGUGUUCCUGGUGUGAGUGGACAAAAAGGAGAAAAGGGCGAUGCCGGAGAGGCCGGUGUACCUGGACCUGCAGGUGCAGCAGGACCUCCUGGUGCUCAGGGUCUUCCAGGACCACCAGGCCCCAAAGGAGAUGCAGGUCAACGUGACUUGAACGUCCGUAUCGUCCCAUCGGGGAGUCGUGGUCGAGUCGAGGUCCGAUACAACGGCGAGUGGGGCACAGUGUGUGACGACAGCUUCGACACCCUGGAUGGGAAGGUGAUCUGUAGGAUGCUGGGCUACUCAUCGGCCCUGAGGACCUUCACCGCCAGCCCUGGUACAGGGAAGAUCUGGUUGGAUGAGCUGCGAUGCACAGGGCAGGAGAACGACAUCUUCAACUGUCCACACAUGGGCAUCGGCAUCAACAACUGUCAACACAACGAGGACGCCGGAGUGCAAUGCGUCUGAACUCAGCAGGAGUAAAUGCAGUUUCAGAGUUUUAUUAGAUAUGAAGACGACUGACAGGCAUCGAAAUGAAGACACCCUGACAAACAGAGAUGCUAAUGACGUUCACAGCUGGAAACCCAUAUUCCACACACAGAUAGAAAACACAAAACCCAUUAGCAGCAAAACACUGUAAAGAAAUAUAAGAAUAAAUGUUCCUGGAGAAC